AUGGGGAAUUGUUGCCCCAAAGGCACUUCCCGGUUCCUGAGUGCCCCAAAUAACAAUGCCACCGACAACGAAAAGGGAGAUUCUGGCCUGAACAAUGCUGAAAAUGCCACACCUCCCUCAUCCCAAAAUGGCACCAUCCCACCUAGAACCGGAGCUCCUUCGGCCUCUCCAAAUCAUGCCACUCCCAAGCCUUCCAAGCACCCCCAAAUCGGACCUGUUUUAGGCCGGCCAGUGGAGGACGUUCGUCUGACUUAUACUAUCGGAAAAGAGCUUGGUAGGGGACAAUUUGGCAUUACCUAUCUGUGUACUCACAAACAAACAGGGGAGCAAUUCGCUUGCAAGACAAUUGCCAAAAGGAAGCUGGUUAACAAGGAGGAUAUUGAGGAUGUUAGGAGGGAAGUCCAAAUCAUGCACCAUUUGACCGGGCAGCCUAACAUUGUGGAACUUAAGGGGGCGUACGAGGACAAGCAUUCGGUGCAUCUGGUAAUGGAGUUGUGUGCUGGAGGGGAGCUCUUUGAUCGGAUCAUUGCAAAGGGACAUUACACGGAGCGAGCUGCUGCAUCGUUGCUGAGGACCAUUGUGCAGAUCGUGCACACGUGCCAUUCGAUGGGUGUCAUCCAUAGGGAUCUCAAGCCCGAGAAUUUCCUCCUUUUGAACAAGGAUGAGGAUUCGCCACUCAAAGCUACAGAUUUCGGUCUCUCAGUGUUCUACAAGCAAGAUGAAGUGUUUAAAGAUAUCGUGGGCAGUGCGUAUUAUAUUGCACCUGAAGUCUUGAAGAGAAGAUAUGGACCAGAGGUUGAUAUAUGGAGCAUCGGGGUCAUGUUAUACAUUCUUCUAUCUGGAGUUCCUCCCUUUUGGGCAGAAUCCGAGCAAGGGAUAUUCAAUUCAAUCCUGCGGGGUCACAUUGAUUUUACAAGCGAUCCAUGGCCUUCAAUUUCAUCUCAAGCAAAGGAUCUUGUCCGGAAGAUGUUGACUUUAGACCCCAAGCAGAGGCUCUCAGCUUUCCAAGUUCUCAAUCAUCCUUGGAUUAAGGAGGACGGAGAAGCGCCUGAUACACCACUUGACAAUGCAGUUUUGGCUAGGCUCAAACAGUUCAGGGCAAUGAACAAGUUCAAGAAAGUUGCUCUAAGGGUUAUCGCGGGUUGUCUCUCAGAGGAGGAAAUCAUGGGAUUGAAACAGAUGUUUAAGGCCAUAGAUACUGACAACAGUGGUACGAUAACACUUGAGGAGCUGAAGCAAGGACUGGACAAGCAAGGGACAAAGCUAUCCGAAUAUGAAGCCAAACAAUUAAUGGAUGCAGCUGAUGCAGAUGGCAAUGGGACCAUAGACUACGACGAGUUCAUUACUGCAACGAUGCACUUGAACAGAAUGGACAGGGAAGAGCAUCUCUACACUGCAUUCCAGUACUUCGACAAAGAUAACAGCGGGUACAUUACAAUCGAAGAACUUGAGCAAGCUCUCAAGGAGUUUGGCAUGAAUGACGAGAGAGACAUUAAAGAAAUCAUUUCUGAAGUUGACUCCGAUAAUGAUGGCCGGGUAGACUACGAUGAAUUUGUGGCCAUGAUGAGGAAGGGCAACCCGGAAGCAGGGGCAAACCCCAAGAAGCGACGUGAUGUGUUUGUUUGAAUUUGUGUUGGUGUGACAUCAGAGGAGUCAAAAUCGUUAUCUUUGUUAUGGCGGGGAGGCUAACAUCUUUACAUGUUUCAGAAAAAUCGUGAAUUUCGAAAGAUUCUUGGAUGCUCAUGUACAUUAUAUAUUGAAGUGAGAGGAUCAGAAGGGGGUGGUUGCAGACAAAAAUUCAACAAAAAAUUUAUAUAUUUGUUCCCGGGUUGUAAGGUUUGAUAGGAAAUGAAUUUAUUCUUUUCCAUUUGUGAACAUUGUAAUCAUUAUGACUUGCCAAUGCUUAGGAAGCAAUGGAGGGUCCUUUAAUGUCUCUAUCAUUCUCCAGUAUU